GAAUUCGCUUAUUUGGAUAGCUCAUUUGUCAGCGCAUUUUAUCCAAUAGUCCGAAGUAUCCAACAGUCCGAAGUUGGGCCACUAACGCCCCGAAGGGAGCCGGGAGGGGGGCGAAUAUAGGAUUACUACUACGCAAGACGCAAACACCACACAUACGAUAUAUGACCAGUAGACUGCCGCCAUGACGGAUGCCACCGCCCCGUUAACGUCAGAAAUCCCCAUCACGAGUAACGGCACGCCAAACGAUGCCGCCGAAGACGACACUUUCGAGAGGGACCUGAAAAAAAUGCUCCAGGACGGCCCAAACCUCAACAACAGCAGUGCGGUCCAGGGCGGUUCGGGGACGACACCGACGACCGUAGCGCCAACGCCGUUCAGCGGUGUGCGUUUGAAUUCGCCAACGGCGCCGUCCCAAGCACAACGUUCGCCGUCGGGGCCUGUCCCUCCCCCUAACCCCUAUGUGGGAAGUAGGUUGGCGUCCACAGUAAAACCGCCACAGUAUCAAGCACCAGGUUCGACCCAAGAGCUAGAGGAUUAUGAGGCUGAUGAAUUUGCAGCAAGACCACCGCCCACGGCGAUAGAACACCACGCGGAGGGCGGCCCCCCGCCACAGUCCAUGGCCAAUGCCGUGUCCAAAAUCGAGUCCAUCAAAAACUGGAGCUUAAAACAGAUCAAGUGCACUAGGCAGAUCUUGUCCGAGCGGUUCGGGCGGGGUUCGCGGACGGUGGAUCUCCAACUGGAGGCUCAGAUCGAGGUACUGCGGGACACGCAGCGAAAGUACCAGCAGAUCUUACGACUGGCGCGAGGCAUGGCCUCCCACUUCUACAACGUGGUGCAGACACAGAGGGCCCUGGGGGACACUUUCUCAGCAUGUGCAGAGACCUUACAAAGCCAGAUGCAGAACUCAAACUAUUACAAUGAUCUAGCCCAGAAGUCCCCAGAGUUGCAGGAAGAGUUCACGUACAACGCAGAGACCCAGAAGGCCUUGUGUAAGAACGGGGAGACCCUUCUGGGUGCGAUCAACUUCUUCACGUCUAACGUGAACACGCUAGUCAACAAGACCAUGGAGGACACGCUGCUGACAAUAAGGCAAUAUGAGCAGGCCAGGGUUGAGUACGAUGCCUACAGGACGGACCUAGAACAGCUACAGUUGGGACCAAAAGACGCGGCAGUCCAGGCCAGAAUGAAGGAUGCAGACAGUAACUUCCAGGCUCACAAGGACAAGUUUGACAGGCUCAGGGGAGACGUCGCCGUUAAGCUUAAAUUUCUGGAGGAAAACAAGCCUCACCAGGACAAGUUUUCUAAGCUUAGCGGUGACGUGGCUGUCAAGCUUUCACUGUUGGAAGAUAAUAAGGUGAAGGUCAUGCACAAGCAGCUGCUCCUCUUCCACAACGCGAUCUCCGCCUACUUCGCAGGAAACCAGACGGCCCUGGAAGCGACACUGAAGCAGUUCAACAUCAAACUCAAGUCUCCCGGGGAGGAGAACCCGUCCUGGUUGGAAGAGUAGCCCGGGAACAAGAGCGAGCUGGCCCCUGUAAUGAUAGUUCUGUAUAAAAAUAGAAAUAGCAUGUCAAGUGAUGCACCUUUCUUCUCAUGGGCUCGUGGCUGGUGGAAGAGUGCCCUUCGAAUAAGAACCAUUAGAUCUUUAAAACACCGUCGUAAAUAGAAUGUCACUGGAGCUAUCUUCUUCUCAUGCUACCAUUUAGUACUACUAAAAGUAUUAUGAUACAAUUUUAAGACCCUAUAUUCGUACACAAAAUAAAGCGCUUACCAACAAGCUUUCGAUCAGUCCUCUGAUCCUUAUCAAGUUGACUGGAAGUGUGACGUCAGCAAAGGGUCAAAGGUGCUUGGCAGUCGGUCUCGGCCCCCGUCUCGGUUGAGGGAAGAUUGGUAGGCUCUGAAUCUGAUGUCACAUUUUUCUUGUGUGCAUACUUUCGAAAUAAGUUGCUUUUUUUUAACCAUCUUUGAACAUCACUUAGACGAUUCAUGAUUGGCCAAUCCUGACUGUCCAUCACAAUUAGCAGUUCAACCAAUGACAGCAUGGUCAUUAGUGAUUUCGACCAAUGAGAACGGCUGCACGUCUGUUGGAACUUUAUGUUUUCAUUUUGCAUUCCUACCGUCUUUCGAAGGUGGUCCGGGUAUGAUCCGUCUAUUAUAAACAACAUAGCCCACAAAAUGUACUAGAGUUAGUACUUUAAAAGUGGCCUUUGUUAAAUAAAGCUAGAUAAAACUUUUACUAUGUUAAGGUAGACUAAACUUCUUGCUUUUCCAGUGAAAAAAAAACAUCUGGAUAGAAAAUCUUCAAAAUAGGUAAUGUGAGAAGAAGAUGACAUCACAAAUUCCUGAUGCAAAUAAAACUGUCCCGGAUACUUGGGACAUACAAUACCUGUACAGGUGUUAUUGUACAAUGUAGAACACACUUGUCACACCAUGUGUAAGUAUGUAGCUAGUCGUUUCUAUGUGGAAAGGUAUUAGUGAGUUCAUGUGUGUAUGUAUAUGCCUCCAGAGGGGGUGAAUAUAGGCAUAUGGGUAGAUAACAUUGGGGGAAUUUGUUUUGUUUCAAAAAUAGGAAAGCAAAAUCAGAAUGCUGAAAGUAAGAAAGGUGUACAUGUAAAGAAAGUGCUGUGUUCUAGGUACGGUAGAUCUUGUUUUUGUAGCAAGGGAUAUUGGGAGGGACAAUAGCUGUAUGCAAUGUUAGUGCAAGACAGACUAGAAAUUAGAAGGCAUUGUAGGUUGUAAAAAAAUGUUGGUAAGGAACUAGAAAAAGAAGUCAGAAUUUUUGCAACACUGCUUGCAAGUGUGCUUUUGUGCGUUUUUGUUGAACGUUCUAUGAUCUCAUUUUAUUUUAUGGCCUUAUAAUGUAGACAAGCUUUUUUUUUUUUUCUUGUUGAUAAUGUUAUUAUGGAGAUGUCUCCCCAUACUAUACUGUUACAGUACUAGGACUAAUUGUUAUUUUGGGGGUGGGGUUUUUAUGCCCGGAACGGAAAGGUAAAAUCCUUUGUAAACGCUUCAAAACAAAAAGUUAAAAACAGGUUUAUGCAUCAAAUAUACAGGUAUUACAACUACAAAAAUGUUUCAUUGCCAGUUACUAACAAGGAAACCAUUGUUUUUGCUUUCAUUCAUUACCACAGUCUUUGCUAUGUACUCUUAUCCAAUAGAAGACUACGUUCUACUUGAUUCAUGUGUGUUUGUUACUGAGCACUUCAUAUUGGAUAUAAAAGGGGACUGUUGAUUGGUAGGCCCUAGUGACUGGGGAAGGGAUUGUACAUUAUCCAAACUUAACCCAUUUUCCAAUAUUUUCUCGCUAUCUUAUAUUUGCUCAUUUUGUUGCUGCUUUAUAUGAUUAACAGUACGGUCGAAAACCAUUCUUUCUUUUUUUUUUUUUUAAACAAAAGAAAGUUUAUUCCCGCAUGGAUGUCAUCCAUAUAAUCAAAUCAACAUGGCAUUAAGAAAAUUUAGGAGAUAUGUUCCAGGGUGGAUCAAACUCUUAACGUCCCCAAAUCUUGUUCACACUCAACAUUCUAAUUGAUAGGAAACUCUACAUGGUUAAAGUAGACAUCUGUAGUGCCUGGAAUAAUGUUGAAACCUGUUCUUGCUACCAUCUUUUUAAUAACCUGCUAGCUGUAUUUUUUUCUGCUACCUUGUACAUAUAUCCAUGAAGACCUGAGGCAUACAUGUAGUAACAGCAAAAGCAGGUAGGUUACCUGUUUAUAACUUGAUGCUUGGGAUAGUGCAUGUGUUGGGGUGUAUUGGAAUAAGAGUGGUGAGAAAUAUAUAUAUAAAUGUAUAUGUAGCCACGCUUUAAUAAUACAAACUCAUAUCAUAUAUUCGCUUACAUUUCUGCUGUACAUGUAAAUAAUUCUCAUAGCCCGUCUAAUGAACUAGAACAAUGACGUGUUUCAAAUGCGACUUAUUUAUUGUGUUGCUGCCAUUGUUUUUAGUGACAUCAAGUUGGAAAUGUUCGUUUGCAUUUCCAGGGGGGGGGGGGGGUGGUAAAGAAGGUUUAUUGCCAGAAUGAUAUUUGUGAGUUAUACAUUUCUGUUGUAUAGAUGAUUAUACCAUCAAGUUGUAAGUUUGCUACAUUCUCUGUGCUAGCUGCUACCUUUGUUAUUCAGAUUAUAGAAUACAACGACUCUUUGAUUUUGCGAUUAAAGUCAAGGGAGCAACGCCAAAAG